AUGGCAACUAGGAAAAAUCUGACCACAACUAAUCACCUCCGUCAUUUGGAGUCAAUGGCGACUCGCCCAUCGGGUGCCGGUAAGAUUCCAAAGCUGAAUGUCGUGAUACUCGGUGAGUCUCUUGCAUCCGAGGAGGACGAUCUCGUAUUUCCCGGUCAGGAUUUCUCCCAACAGUACUUGGAGUUGGAGAUAUACAACAGAUCAAUUGAAGAUCCUGGUGGCUUUUGGUAUGAUAUUGCGCAUCAGAAUUCUAUUGGAAAGAGAAAUGGGGUCAAUAGGUUUACUCAGAGAAUCUUGAUGUUACAAAUAGGAACAUCAAAAUUGAGAUGUUUGGGGCUAAUUGCAAACAUGGCCCUUCUCAGGCAGAUGUUUGGGGAAUUGAAGAAAACCCUAGUUAUGGCCCUUCUCAGGAAGAUGUUUAGGGCUAGUGUCGAGAAGGUGCAAGUGGAGAAAAAAACCUGGAAAGUUGAUGCUGGAAGUAGAACUGUUGGUUUGGAACUGACGACUCUUUGAAGCACCCACCAGUGGAGCUAAACC